AGAAGAUGCAAUGUUCAAACAAAACAAUCUCAAACAGAUUUGUCAUAAAAUUUCAUGAAUAUUGAAGAAUAGUUGUAUACACAAAUAUUUUAUUUGUUUAUUUUUAGUUAUCUUUAACAUGCCGACUCAAGUGGAGCAGAAGGUUGUGGACCCUGAGGCUGAACUCAGCAAUGUUCAGCGAACGUUCCAAAAGCUGGCACCGAUGUGCAGCGUGGAGAAACGCGCCGGCGGCAUCCCGCAGCUGGCGCCGCAGGAGAAGCAGCUGGGCAUCCUCGCCAACGAACUCAAGGAGACGCUGCUCUGUAUCAAUCUCGCGAGCAAAGGCCAGCACGCGUUCCGCGACAACCUCGUGAAGGAUGGCACGCGCAAGUGCAUAGUGGAGUACGAGCAUCUAGAGUCGGUGCUGAGAGAUGAGAAGGCGCAGCAAGCCGAGCUGGACUGCCUCAACUAUUUAGCGCAGAAGCAACUCGUUGAAUUGCUAAAGAGAGUGCCGACUGAAGGAGAUGAAUUAGCUAUGAUAGAAAACGCUGCUAAUCGUCUCCGCCGUAUGGAGAACCGGUUAGAUCUCGCCACCAAGCGGUUUUGCCUUGUCAACUCGGACAACAAGAAGUUGAGAGAGGAGAUACAUAGGCUCCUCGUUGAAAGAAAUGACUUCAACAUCCAAUGGAACCGGACUAUCGGCAAACUGGUGCAGGGCAAGGAGUACCUGAUGGACAUCUUCGAGAUCGCAGCCGUCGCGUUCGGAGACCGCGACGAAUGCUGCAGGAAGCUGGAAGCACUUAAAUGGAAGGGAUUGUUCCAACUCAAUAGGGAUAUAUCGGAAAUGCAAACGUACGAAGGAGAACUGAACCAUUUAGCAAAAUUGGAGGAAUUUCUACGUGUGAAAGGCUCUCGAAGAAUCUGCGAGGCUGACGAGAAAGAGGAGAUAAAGAGAUUGGAGGAGAUACAGCGCUGCGAGCAUGAGAUACAAAGACACGAUGCCUUACUUGAAGAGAUCUUUAGCUAUGCCGGUCUAGAUCGCGCAGCCACGAUCAUAAACCGUUUCAACAUCACUGAGAUCGAGAACUUCUCUUGCUUCGUGCUGCUCUGUGAGGUGCUGCAAGAGUCUAUUAUUAUGCGGAGAGAUCUUGAGCUGUUGCGACAGAGAAUUCUGGACCAACGCGACAUAAACGAAGCCCGUGAAGAGAAGCAGGACAAGCGCCUAGCUCAGGUCACGCGCGAACUGGAAGCGCAGCGAGCGCGCUGUGCGAACAAACUGGAGUUGAACACCACUGCUGAUGCGACCAUUGUCAAGGUUUUGAGGGGAAUCGACGAGUUGGUCAGACUGGCUCGGUGUGACUGCACUCCUUUACUUAGCCUACUGGGCAACCACAAGGAAGUGACCAAGUGGAACGUGCCCAAGUUCUUGCGCAUACUGGAGACUGAGGUCAAGAGCCUCAUAGAGGUCGCUUAUGGAGCCGUGAAGCCUCCAGCGCCAACGCCGAAAGCUCGUAAAGGGCCGGCAGCGCCUCCUGCUGCUAAACUAGUGGCGGACCCUUAUGUGGAAACACUGCGACCGAACAAGAUUGAAAAAUUGGUCCCGUACCAACCUUGCGCUUAUUGUGUUGAGGAUUACAUCAUGAACCUUGUUUUUGAAACCCCUGCCAUACCCGCCGACAAAGAAUAUGUCGAAGGAAUUUUCCGUCUCGAAGAUAUCAAUACGAAGUUCGGAAUAUUCACUCUGACUAUACCAGCAAAACGACACCCAUACAGGGGUAAGAAGGACUAAUAAAUUUAUCUGACAUUUAUUGUGUAAUUUUAAAUUAUAAAAUUCGGUAAUAAAUUAUUGUUUUAUUAUA